CCAUAGCAUCGAACAUCAAUAGCUAGUGGGCAACACCGCCAGGACUAUUUGCAAAUUGUGAAACUUGAUGAAAGCCACAACUUAAUCAAAAUAAAUAAUUUGGAUGGUCCUCCCAUUGUCUGUAAAUUAAAAAAGGGGGGCUGUGUAGUUCGUGCACCAUAUGUUUAAACAUAUCGCCAUGUUUGGAAGAAGGGGCUUUUGCGUUCUAGCCUAGUUCUACUCUCAGCUGAGUGUUUCACCUUUCCGUACUUCGAGCACGCAACUUUUACGCACCCGGAAAUAAAGAUCACAGAAGGGAGGUGAAGCAACGGCAAGAGUGUAGCUACGAGAGGAAGAUACAUUUGUGUCCCUACCAGUUGCGUUAAGGAGCGAUACUUUAAAUUAAUUCUUAAUGACUGAGCGUACUUUCUAUUCGCCUCGUGAAUGGGGCAGAUCACUCGGUUUAGGGGUCGCAUCUUAAAAACGCUACGAAUUAAACGAAACAACACGCGUUAGACUUUUUUGGCAGGCGAUAGGGAUGGAAUAAUCAAAUGGUCCCUAUGCACUUGAAACGAUUAGACCCAUAUUUAACUACUUAUUUACAUCCGUUUAGUUUGAACAGGCCGAUUAGAUUAGGAUAGCCUACUAGUUUGGCACUCGGAUAGCGCAAACUGGCACAUCUUCUUGGGAGUGUUGAUGACACCUGUCGGAUUUUCUAUCCAUCGGUUUGCUCUGUUUAUGUAAAACAUCAAGAUGACUGUAAAGCUAGACUUCGAAGAGUGUUUAAAGGAUUCCCCUCGCUUCAGGGCCGAUAUAGAAGAAGUGGAGGGGGAUGUCGGCGAACUGGAAACACGACUUGAGAAGCUGGUGAAGCAGUGCAACACCAUGCUGGAGGCGGGGAAGGUGUUUUGCCAGAACAGCAAGAACUUCGUGACGGGGUUGAGGGAACUGGGGCAGCAUUACUCGACGGACGCCACCAUGGGGUGUCUGGAUAAGUUUUCCAAGAAGCUUCAAUUUAUUCUCGAGGCACAAGGGGAAUCCAUUGAUGCCAUACAGAAGAAUGUGAAGGCAAAGCUACAGUGUUUUGUGAAAGAAGAUGUGAAGCGAUUCAAGGAUGUGCGAAAAGAGUUUGAGCGCUGCAGCGAGAAUCUGGACACGGCUCUGAAUAAGAACGCCCAGGUGCCCCGCGGCAAGCAGCACGAGGUGGAGGAGGCCAGCAACACCCUGCUCAACGCACGCAAGGCCUUCAGAUCGGGGGCUCUGGACUAUGUGCUGGAGAUAAAUGUCAUCGAGUCCAAGAAGAAGACAGAGAUUCUGAAUGCUGUGUUGUCCCUGAUGGACAGCCAAGCACAGCUCUACCAGCAGAGCCACCAAUCUCUAAAGGAGCUGGAGUCCUACAGGAAGGGGCUGAGUGACGAGCAAACCCAACUGGUCCUCAAUGCAGCACGGGAGAAGAGAGACAUGGAACAGAGGCAUGCCGCCAUUAAGAAGAAGGAUAUGUCUUAUGAUGACUCGAUCAUGGACUACUGUGCAGACGCGGCUACAGGGAUCGUCAUGGAGGGCUAUCUCUACAAGAGGGCCAGCAACGCAUUCAAGACAUGGAGCAGACGCUGGUUUUCUAUACAGAAGAAUCAACUGGUAUACCAGAAGAAGUUCAAGGAGCAGCCCACUGUUGUAGUUGAAGACCUCCGCCUGUGCACGGUGAAGAUCGGGGUGGAGCAGGAAAGGAGGUUUUGUUUUGAAGUCGUCUCUCCCUCCAAAACAUGUCUGCUGCAGGCGGACUCUGAGCGUCAGCAGCAGGGUUGGAUCACUGCGGUACAGAGCAGCAUCGCCUCAGCCUUCCAGGAGCGCAGAGAGGACCCUCACAGUCCUAGAGAGCGCCUCAGCUCGGUGUCCGGGGGGAGCGGUGUGAGUCUGGAGCAGGAGAGCUCCAGCUGCCAGGCCCUGGAGGAGGUGCAGGCCAUCGCCGGCAACAGGCAGUGCUGCGACUGCGGAGAGCCCAACCCCGACUGGGCCUCCAUCAACCUGGGCAUCACGCUCUGCAUCACCUGCUCUGGGAUACACAGGAGUCUGGGAGUUCAUUUCUCAAAAGUGCGCUCACUUACUUUGGAUUCAUGGGAGCCAGAACUCGUCAGGCUCAUGUGUGAAUUGGGUAAUAGUGCCAUCAACAGAAUAUAUGAGGCUCGCAUUGAUGAGAUCACUAUCAAGAAGCCUCAUCCGUCCAGUCCAAGACAGGACAAGGAGUCUUGGAUCCGCUCCAAGUACGUGGAGAAGAAGUUCAUCCAGAAGCUGCCGGAGACGGGCCGAGUCACGCCGCUCAGACGCUCCAGCGCCAGAAGGAAUCGCAGCACCGUGCAGGAGCGAGCCGCACCGCCGGGACGACCGCCACUCAAACCCAAACCCAGCCGAGCCACGCUGCCACGGCUUCAAGGCAUAAGUCCAAGUGACCUCAAAAACAGUGCGGCCUCUUACAAGGACUAUGAGGAUGAGGAGGAGGACCUUAGUGGGCUGCACCCCGGUGCACUGCUCUACCGCUCGGCCGCCAUGCAGCACUUCCCCGUCAUGGCCGACGCCCUGGCCCACGGGGCCGACGUCAACUGGAUCAACGUGGCCGAGGACAGCAGCACGCCCCUCAUCCAGGCAGCCACUGCGAAUUCCUUAGCAGCUUGUGAAUUUCUGCUGCAGAAUGGGGCCAGUGUUAACCAGGUUGAUGCGAUUGGGAGAGGACCUCUGCACCACGCCACCAUCCUGGGACACACAGGGUUGGUGUGUCUUUUUCUGAAGCGUGGGGCAGAUUAUAAUGCCAAGGACAAGAACAGCAAAGACCCAAUCAGCAUCGCUGUGGACAGUGCCAAUGCAGACAUCGUUACCCUACUGCGGAUCGCCAAGAUGAACAAGGAGAUGCGGGAGAUGGAUGGCGCCUUUGGCCAAUCAGGUCAAUGCGAGGGUCUGGAGGGGCGGGACUGUGAGGGAGAGGGGGCCGGAGCAGGCUCCGUGAUUGGACAGACAAAAAAGAGUCUUCAGGCUCUCAGGAACCAGCUGAGCGACUGGGCCCAUGGUGUUCAGAACGGAUAGAAUAGUUAUACUGUAAUAGGGACAUUGGCACUUUAGAAGCAGAGGCACUAACGAACUAAUCUCCUACGUUGUGUUUCUGUCAUCGGUUUCAUAAGUUGUAAGGUUUACACACUUCUUUUUGCCUGCGUGUGUGUGUGUGCGCGCGUGUGUGCGCGUGUGCGUGUGUGUGUGUGUGUGUGUGUGUGUGUGUGUGUGUGUGUGUGUGUGUGUGUGUGUGUGCUGAUUCUUUUUCUUAGACUUUAUAACACCUCAUAAUGAGGAAAUCAUAUGAAAAUAUAACUGGCCAGUAAGUCAGUCAUAUGUUCUGGAUUUGAUGCAGGUCAAUACAAUAUAUUUUAUUGUGAAUUGAAGGGCUUUUACAGUUGUAUAUACUAUAUAUACAAAUAAUUUUGUAAUUUUAUCAUUUUGAAAUUAUACGGUGACUGCGUUACUUGAAGAAUUCUAUUACACUAGAUUUUAUAUAUGACUAGAUAGUACCUCAAGCAAAGGAUGUUUCAUUCAUGACAGGUUUGACUUGUCAACCUACACAUUGGUGUAGUUGUAAUGUGUCUUCAUUAUUUAACUGUCAAUACAACAUACACAUACUGAUAGCUGAAAUCAGCUAUGUUACCUUAAAAGGUCAAUGUGUAAAAUUUGCCUUCCCUUCUUCGAGUCGAGAAGUGACAAUACAAUAGCCUAGUGGUGGUUAAGAGACGGGCUAAGCACCUUCCCAAGGCUAGUGUCGCCUAGCGUCUCCUGUAACGCUGGGGACACAUGUAGACUAGGCAAAACGAGCAAAGUGAAGAGAGGUGAAAUUCAAUGUUCCAUUGUGACAACUUAACGGUCAAUAGGUCGUAGCGGCAAACUAAAUGGAUUGCAACAUUAUCUUGCUGAUUUGAUUGGCCGCUGCAGGCGAAAUGCGCUCCUCAUUUGCAUAGGCUAUAUUAGGCUUGGUCAAAUAUUUUUGCUUUGCUUCGCUUACUUUCACCGCACUUCGCUUCCCUCAUAGCAAUGAAUGGCAACGUUUGCUUUGCUCGUCCAAAUUCAUGAAUGAUGAAUUUAUGAAUUGAUAUUUAUGGAAAAGGUCAAUGUUAGUCAAGGUAUUCAGAUUCUUUAACCUUGUCAAUGGCAUUACAAUUAACUGAUCCAAAGUGACUUACAGUUCUUUAGAUUCAUGUUGCUGAUGUUGUGGGAUACAUUUGAUAGGCCUAUGUACCCCAAUGGCGAUUACAAACAUAUAAUGUAGUUUGUAACAUAGCCUACUCCAUAAUGUUACUCUAUAUUAGUAACAUAAUUUGAAUACGUUGGAUUAUUUAAUGUACAUAUUACCAUGACUUUUACAGACACACUUUGCACUGAACUGUCAGAUUUCACCUGUGCCUUUUAUUCUUCUUUUUGCCGAUGAUCACAACUGAACAAACUUCAUAUGUUCGACUAGAUCCAAUUUAGCCUGUUCUAAAAACAAGCUUUCGAUGGUGAAAGAUUCUGCCUGUGUCCAUUUGAAAACGUCCAAUUUUAUUGCCCACAUUGUUUGCUUAAUGUCACCUUUCUCAAGUCUGCUUCUGUGCAUAUCUGUGUGUGUGUGCGUGUGCGACAUGCUUAUGUGUGUGCGUGUGUGCGCGAGUCUGUCUGUGUGUGUGUGCUGACAUGUCCCCAGAGGCGGUUGGUCUCUCCACCGCUUAUUCAGUUUUGUGUCGUCUUCACCUUGCCUAACCAGUACAGGUAAUUGCCUUCCUUGUCAACCUGCUACCCUGUGCCUACACUGUAAAACAUUGCAAACCAGUUAAACGUAAAAAAGGUAAGUUGCCCUGCUGCCUUAAGUUUGUAAGUUUACUUUACUUUUAUUUUUCAGGGCAUUGCACAUUAACGAACAUACAUAGCAUGUAUAUGUGCUAGAUUAUAGCACAAUGGCGAAUUUCCAUCUGGUGUCCAAAAUAAGUUAACUUGAGGCUAAACUCAACUCGAGGCUUUCUCAAGUUGAGUUAACUUACAAAGUUAAGGCAGUAGGGCAACUUCGGUAAAACUACUAUGUAUAGUCUGCUCGUUGAGCUGCAUGAUUUAUUUUAGUUUAGUAUUUUAGUUUCCAGGGAUGGACUUUCUCCCUUCCCCGCUAUUCACUCAUUCUGUCUUUCUCUCUGUCUGUGCAUGUCUGUCAAAAACGUUCUUCUUCUGUUUUGGUUCAUGCAAACAUGCUGAAUUCUGGUGGCUGUGUUUCAUAUAUCUGUAUUUAGAUAUUGUGGUAGAUCAAAGGGCAACAUCAAAGCAAGGAAUGAGCAGGGGAUUUUGUUAGUACAUUGUGCUGUAUUAAAGGGUCUGGGAACAUUAGUUAUACACUGUCUCAAAGAAGCACUAACUCCACUAACCACUAUUUUCCACUCACCAGAAGAGUAACACAAACUUCAUUACCUCCGCCAAGGAGGUUAGGUUUUCGGUCGUGUUGGUUUGUCUGUCUGUUUUGUUUGUUUGUCUGUCUGUCAGCAGGACGACUCGUAUUUGGAUUUGGAUGAAUCUUUGUGGAGUACUUGGAAAUGUUAUGUUAUGAACGAAUUUGGAUGAAACUUGAGUUGAGCUCUUGGAAAUGACAAAAAGAACAAGUCUGUAUCUUUUAAAGAUCCUUCACCAUUGAGGGACAGGGCAAAUUUUGACAUUCCAUUUUCUAACUCCAAAAAAGGCAGAAAGACUUAAAAAAUUUAUAGGGUGUGUAACAUAGUCAAAUGUUCUAUCACACAGCUUCCUUGGCGGAGGUCUGCACUCUCUGAGUGCGUUUCUAGUUAUCGACUGGCUUGGGGGUUCUCAAUCACAAUUGCAUGCAAAGGAUCUGUAAAUGUUUUUGUGUUGAUUGCCAUGUGGCCUUUUAUAUAUAGAGUGAAUUUGCAAAUCUGUGACCCUAAACUACCCUAGGGUAGCAUAUCUCAUAGUUUGUGGUCAUAAUAUCCACUUUUUUUAUAGUUAGUAAAUAGCAUGAUGUAUUAACACUCUCUCUCUCUCUCUCUCUCCCUCUCUCCUCUGACUUUCUACAUGUUUGUCUGUAUCCUUCGGUCUUACUAAACGUACUCUUCUGUCUCUUUCUGAAACAGGUGAUGAAACGUGUCAAGACAUCUUCAGAGACUUCUCUCAAAUGGCCUCCCACAAUCCAGAGAAGCUGAAGCGUCGCAGCACCGAUAUUA